AUGGAUUGCCAUUGCGUGGUCAUGAUGGAAUACAAAGGUGUUUUUCUUGAACUUUUGGAAUUUCACAGAGAUAAGCAUCCGGAUGUGGAAAAAGCGAUAUUACGUCAUGCUCCAAAAAAUGAUAUGAUGAUUUUUCCAACCACUCAAAAGGAGAUUAUGGAUGCUUGUGCUAAAGAAACCAUUAAAACUAUUAUCAAUGAUUUAGAUGGUGAUUAUUUUGGAAUAUUGGUUGAUGAAUCAAAGGACAUCUCACAUAAGGAGCAAAUGGUCCUAGUUCUACGAUAUGUUAACAAAAAUGGGGAGGUGAUAGAGAGAUUUUUGGGCGUUGUCCAUGUGAAAGAUACAUAUGCACAAUUACUGAAGGAUGCAAUUUAUUUUUUACUUCUGGCUAACUCAUUAAGUUCAUCCAAGAUACGUGGACAGAGUUAUGAUGGCGCAAGUAAUAUGCAGGGAAAAAUAAAUGGCCUAAAAACUUCAAUUUUGCAAGAUGCUCCAUCUGCAUAUUAUAUUCACUACUUUUCUCAUCAAUUACAACUGACACUUGUAGCUCUUUCUAAAAGACAUUCGGAUGUAAAUAAUUUCUUUGAUGUUGUCACUAAUUUGUUGAAUACUAUUGGAGCAUCUUUUAAACGCAGGGAAUUACUUCGACAAUGCCAAGUAGAGAAGUUGGAAGAAUUACUUAAAAUGGAGAAGUUUAUAUCGGGCAAAGAUUGA